AUGUCCAACAUUGACCCCGACCUCAUGGACAUUGUCCACGAAGACCCCCCCAAACCCGUCUCCCACGCCAACACCACCACCACCACCACCACCACUCACGACACUCACAAUAAUGACGACGACGACGACCCCAUCACCGCCAGCUACCAAGUCUUCCUCAACCCCGCCCUCCCCCUCGGCCGCCGCCUCCUCGUUCUCCAGCACCCCAACCGCACCGACAACACCCCUCGCCCUCCCCCGACCGAGCUGCGCCUGAAAGAACACUCGGGCAUGGUCGAGGUCGACAUGCCCCUCGACAACACCACCGCCUACGACCGCGAAAAGGGCCUCCGCUGGGGCCGCGCCCUGCAGAGCUCCAUGGCCGUCAAGAGCGGCGGCAGCCACGGCCUCGCGGGCGGCUUCGGCGUCGGCGCCGUCCAGCAGCGCGCCCCGCGCAAGAAGGGCGACGCCGACGCCGACGAGGACCUCGACUGGAACGAGGCCGUGCGCCAGGGCAAAGUGCUCAGCACCCAGACGCUGGGCGGGCAGUAUCCCGAGGCCGACGAGGUGCAGUACAUGGUCGGCGUCUUCCAAGGCAAACACCUCCAUCUCACCCCCGUGUCAAACCUCAUCCACCUCCGCCCCCAACUCCACCACAUCGACGCCGCCACCCAGCAGGAGCGCCAGUCCUCCGCCGCCGCCGCCGCCGCCGCAAACAAGGACGGCGCCCCGGCAACCACGUCCUCCGCCCGCGCCAUCCACAUGACCAUCAAGACCACCUCCGACGGCGCCGACGGCGUCUCCACCGAGACCAUGGCCGACCGCCUGCGCGCCGUCCAGACGGAGCCCUGGCGCAAGAUGCGCUACACCGACGAGAACGACGAGACGGCCUGGGACGUCUACAACGAGAGUUUGUUUCUCAGGCCCAGGGCGGAUCCGACGACGACGGGCGAGCAGCAGCAGCAGCAGGCGGAAGCCGAUCACGAUCUGGAGGAGCUCGUGCCUACGCUCGGCAAUAAGUGGGACGACACGCAGUUCCUCGAGUCCAUCAGCGGCAUCAAGAAGCCUCAACCCGUCCCUGAGCCGCCGGCGGCAGAACAAAAGAAGCCGGAACCUGCUGCUGCUGCUGCUGCUGCUGCUACUACUACUCUAGCUGAAGAGCAGCGCCAGCCUCCAAGAGCGACUCGUCCUAGGGCGGGUGCUGCCGCCGCGAUGGCUGCUCGGAGAGGUGGGCGGUCGUCAAAAGCGGCGUGA